AUGGUCUUUUGGGUAUUUGGAUAUGGGUCACUUGUGUGGAACCCAGGAUUUGAUUACGAUGAGAAAGUAAUUGGCUUCAUCAAGGAUUACAGGCGGGUAUUUGAUCUUGCAUGCAUUGAUCACAGGGGUACCCCUCAGCACCCAGCAAGAACUUGCACAUUGGAAAAUGAUAGAGGAGCCAUUUGCUGGGGUGCAGCUUUCUGUGUUCGGGGAGGACCUGAAAGGGAAAGACUGGCAAUGGAGUACUUGGAACGGAGAGAAUGCGAAUAUGAUAGUAAAACACUUGUAGACUUUUACAAGGAAGGGAAUCCUUCGCAGCCAGCUUUAAGGGGGGUCAUAGUAUUCACAUCAACCCCAGACAAGUUAUUAAACAAGUACUAUCUGGGCCCCGCUCCAUUGGAUGAAAUGGCUAG